UUGGGACGGCCCCUUUCCUACUGCUCGCCCAGGAGAAGGGCCAGGAGGUGGCGGAGGACGGUGGUGCUGUGUGUGUGAGAGAGCGUGGAGAUGAGCUUAACCCUGUGCCCUGGAGCCGCUUGAGGAGACCCGGCUCCCUCCCAGCCUCCCUCGCCGCCGCUGCCGCCAUGGCUCACUCCCCCGUGCAGGCGGGGCUGCCGGGGAUGCAGACACUGAAGGCAGAUCCAGAAGAACUGUUUACGAAACUGGAGAGAAUUGGUAAGGGGUCUUUUGGUGAAGUUUUUAAAGGAAUUGACAAUCGGACUCAGAAAGUUGUUGCUAUAAAAAUUAUUGACCUAGAAGAAGCAGAAGAUGAAAUAGAAGACAUCCAACAAGAAAUCACAGUGUUGAGUCAGUGUGACAGUCCUUAUGUAACUAAAUAUUAUGGAUCCUAUUUAAAGGAUACAAAAUUAUGGAUAAUAAUGGAAUAUCUCGGUGGAGGCUCUGCCCUUGAUCUAUUAGAACCUGGCUCACUUGAUGAAACUCAAAUUGCUACAAUAUUGAGGGAGAUACUCAAAGGACUCGAUUACUUGCAUUCGGAGAAGAAAAUCCACAGAGAUAUUAAAGCUGCUAAUGUAUUGCUGUCUGAACAAGGGGAAGUAAAACUGGCAGAUUUUGGAGUAGCUGGACAGCUAACAGACACACAGAUAAAAAGGAAUACCUUUGUGGGAACACCAUUUUGGAUGGCACCUGAAGUAAUAAAGCAAUCAGCAUAUGAUUCAAAGGCAGAUAUCUGGUCAUUAGGCAUAACAGCCAUAGAACUUGCAAAAGGAGAGCCACCUCAUUCAGAAUUGCAUCCAAUGAAAGUUUUGUUCCUCAUCCCUAAGAACAAUCCACCAACACUGGAAGGAAAUUUCAGCAAAUCCCUCAAAGAAUUUGUUGAGGCCUGCUUGAACAAGGACCCAAGCUUUAGACCUACUGCAAAAGAGCUUUUAAAACACAAAUUCAUUUUACGGAACUCCAAGAAAACAUCUUACUUGGCUGACCUCAUUGACAGGCACAAGAGAUGGAAGUCUGAGCAAAGUCAUGACGACUCUAGUUCUGAUGAGUCAGACACUGAAGCAGAUGGUCAGGCUUCAGGUGGGAGUGAUUCAGAAGAGUGGAUCUUUACAAUAAGAGAAAAAGACCCCAAGAAUCUAGAGAAUGGAGCAGCCCAGCCUUUAGAGUUGCAAAGAAAUAAGGAAAAGGAUAUCCCAAAGAGGCCUCUAUCCCAAUGCCUGUCUACAAUUAUAUCUCCUUUAUUUGCAGAGUUGAAAGAGAAGAGUGAGGUGUGUGGUGGCAACACAGAUUCCAUAGAAGAACUGAGGAAGGCAGUUUAUUUAGCUGAAGAGGCUUGUCCAGGCAUUGCAGAUACCAUGGUGUCACACCUUGUGCAGAGGCUUCAGAGAUAUUCCCUAGCUGGAGGAAGUUCUUCAUCCUACUGACAUACUCUUCCUUCCGGGCUUUCCUAAGACAGCAGAGAUCCCAUGGUGUCUGCAUUGAAGGUGUACACCCUAAUGAUGUUCUGCCUCUCAGUCUCUGUGAAGUCCUUGGGAGGAAGGACAUUCCCAAGAGUGAAAAUGAAAUCUCUUGGAUGGAGGCAGUCUUUUUCAGAUCCUUAAAGCUCUAAUUUUUUUAGAUGAUAAUACACAUAUUCCAGGGAGGUGUCCUUUUGUAAAAUCUGAAAUGUAUAUUUAGGUUUGUGAUAGAGAAAUUGAAGAUAUUGAGAAACCUCAGGUAUCUUGCUUUAAGAAUUCCACUGGGAGAUGGAGCAUGGUUGUCGGAAUUGUGUACAGAUAUAUAUAUAUAAUGUCUUUUUUAACAGAAAGCCUUUCAAUGUGCAUAAGGAAUCACUGUGUACAAAAUGGUAAAGUGCUUUUGUAGAUAAUGUUAGUGGGGUAAACAUUUGACAGGCCAUAACUGAGUAUUGCCUUGCCUUUAUUACAUGUAAAGUUUGAAUUAUGUGAUAAGUGAAUCUCAGUUAGAUUUUUGUAUGUGAAGUAUUUGCCAUUGAAAGAGUUAAUCCUGUAUUAUAGAACUUUCUAUUUGUACCUCAGCACAGACACAAUUUUAUUCUGUUUCUCCAGCUUUUCUUUCUUUUUACUUAUAUUCUGAGUGUGACUUUCUAUGUAUGGUACUACUUCUAGUUACUUUAAAUUUCAUACACCUGGUCUCUCAAAGCUUUUAAUUUAAAUUAUUGUUUUUCUUAGAGAAUGAGUUCUUUCAUAUCUUCCGUUUCAAAUUGUGCCAACGCAAAUUCUGAAAUAGUUCAAUUUUAGUAACAGAUAUUUGUGAAGCUUGUGAAAUUCAGACACAGUCUUUUUUUUCACCUGAACAUGUUUAAAUGCUCACACAAAUCUUUAUUUACAUAAUUUAUUCUGAAAUAUCUCCUUAAGAUGUAGAUUCUGAGACAGUGGCAAGUAUUUCUUUAUCAUGCCUAUUUUUAUCAUUAAAACAAAUGUCUUUCAGCGUAAAGAAAAAUCCAUAGAUUCAAUAUUUGGUCUCGCUGCCUCGAUCCAUGCAUCUCUUUACCAAAACUGACAGGUGUUGGACAGAGAGACUGCAAAACAGCCCAAGUGCUGUGUGUUGGUUGCCUCUCCAGAGAAAAGCUAUUUCUUAAAAUUCUGAAUGUUGUAAUUUCCACUGUUCCUGUGAGGGCUUCUAGAUAGCUGACUUCAGGUGUUCUAGAUCUUGCAAAUAGUAACACUAGUUCAUUAAUUGUAUGUACAGUUGAUUAGGUA